CCCCCUGGAGGCGGGGCUGGCGGGCGGGGGUCUAGGAAGUCGGACGGCGCGAGACGUGCCCCCGCCCCCGGCGCGUCCCGGCAGUUUCUGCGCCUGCGAGCGGCGGCGGCGGCGGGUCCCGGCAGGAGCCGCUGCGGUUGUUUCCCACACAGAGGAGCUCUCUCAUGGAGUGACUUCCUGGGUCUUCAGGCAGCCAUGGAGGAUAAACCGUCUGUCUGGGGCUCUUUGAAACAGCGGACCAGGCCUUUGUUAAUCAACCUCAGCAAGAGGAGGGUGAAAAAGAACCCGAACAAGCCCCUAGACCUACGGGUAAGGCGUUCCCUGGACCGCCGCCUUAGCCUCUCUGUCCCUGACCUCUUGGAGGCUGAGGCCUUGGCCCCAGAGGGCAGGCCUUACUCUGGGCCCCAGUCAUCAUACACCUCGGUGCCCAGCAGCCUGUCAACGGCGGGGAUCUUGCCCAAGAGCAGCAGUAGCUCCUUGAAACAGUCUGAGGAGGAAUUGGACUGGAGCCAGGAAGAAGCCGGCUACCUCCGUGUGGUGGAAACGGACUCGGAGGAGGCCUAUGCCUCUCCCGCCGAGGACAGGAGGCCUUCUAGCAAUGGCAUCCUGGAUCUGCUGCAGAAGACGCCGGCUGGAGACGAGGCCCUGGAAGAGCCAGAGAAGCUAUGUGAAAGUGGUGAUCUGAAUGCUUCUCUGACAUCCCAACAGUUUGAAGAACCAUCUAUGUUUGGGGAAGCCGGCGAUGGCUUGAGUAAUCUGCCCAGUCCUUUUGCCUACCUCCUCACCAUCCAUCUGAAGGAAGGCCGGAACCUGGUCAUCCGGGACCGCUGUGGCACAAGUGAUCCCUAUGUGAAAUUUAAGCUGAACGGGAAGACGCUGUACAAAAGUAAAGUCAUAUAUAAGAACUUGAACCCAGUUUGGGAUGAGAUAGUUGUACUUCCCAUUCAGAGCCUUGAUCAAAAGCUCCGUGUGAAGGUAUAUGACCGAGAUUUAACUACAUCUGAUUUCAUGGGUUCUGCCUUUGUCGUUCUCAGAGAUCUUGAGCUUAACAGAACGACUGAACAUAUUUUAAAAUUGGAAGAUCCAAACAGUUUAGAAGAGGACAUGGGGGUGAUUGUGUUAAAUCUGAGCCUAGUGGUAAAACAGGGUGAUUUCAAGAGACAUCGUUGGUCAAGUCGGAAGCGGUUAAGUGCCAGCAAGUCCUCUUUGAUACGUAACCUGCGGCUCUCAGAGUCCCUGAGAAAGAACCAACUCUGGAAUGGGAUUAUAAGUAUAACGUUGUUGGAAGGGAAGGAUGUCGCAGGAGGAAGCAUGACAGAGAUGUUUGUCCAGUUAAAACUGGGAGAUCAGAGGUAUAAAAGUAAGACACUGUGUAAGAGUGCAAAUCCGCAGUGGCGGGAACAGUUUGACUUUCACUACUUCUCUGACAGGAUGGGCAUUUUGGACAUUGAAGUGUGGGGAAAAGACAGCAGAAAGCACGAGGAGCGUCUGGGCACGUGCAAAGUGGAUAUCUCGGCCCUCCCUCUCAAGCAAGCUAACUGCUUGGAGCUGCCGCUGGAGAGCUGCCUGGGGGCUCUCCUGAUGUUGAUCACACUUACUCCCUGUGCCGGAGUCUCGGUCUCAGAUCUGUGCGUUUGCCCCUUGGCAGACCCCGGCGAGAGAAAGCAGAUUGCCCAGCGAUACUGCUUCCAGAAUUCUCUGAAAGAUAUGAAGGAUGUCGGCAUUUUACAAGUGAAGGUUUUAAAGGCAGUAGAUCUCCUAGCAGCAGAUUUCUCAGGGAAGAGUGAUCCUUUUUGCUUGUUGGAAUUAGGCAACGACCGACUUCAGACACACACCAUCUACAAAAACCUCAACCCCGAGUGGAACAAAGUUUUUACCUUUCCUAUUAAAGAUAUCCAUGAUGUUUUGGAAGUGACAGUCUUUGAUGAAGAUGGAGAUAAACCUCCUGAUUUUCUUGGAAAAGUUGCCAUUCCCUUGCUGUCCAUUCGAGAUGGACAACCAAAUUGCUACGUGUUGAAGAAUAAAGAUUUAGAACAAGCUUUUAAAGGAGCUAUUUACUUGGAAAUGGACCUCAUAUAUAACCCGGUCAAAGCAAGUAUUAGGACUUUUACUCCCAAAGAAAAGCGCUUUGUUGAAGAUACCCGCAAGCUGUCCAAGAAGAUCUUAUCGAGGGAUAUAGACCGUGUGAAAAGAAUCACCAUGGCAAUGUGGAAUACAAUACAGUUCCUUAAAAGCUGCUUCCAGUGGGAAUCCACGGGGAGAAGUGCCGUUGCAUUUGUGAUGAGACACAACAUGAACCUUGUACGAUCGUGUUGAGGGUACUGUGGCUGUUCACUUUAAGACGUAAGCAAAGCAUACGUUUUCUAAGGAUUCCUAUGGGUGCGGAUAGGAUAUAUUCAUAUAUCUUAUGUUGAAAGCAGGGUUAAAGACAAGUGGCCUAUAAAGAUAGAAGUCCACAUGGUGUCUGGUCAGAAGUGGGUGGACAAACAUGGGGUGAAUUUAUCUAUUAGACUGUCCAGGCAUAAGCCCCUCCACCCUGGGAUUAAUACCCUCUCCACUUACCCAGGGGACUGUACUCCUUCCCAACACUCGGAGAAGAGUGUUUUUAAUUCACUGGAACAUGCUAUGCGAAUGUUGCCUACAACCUUGAGUUCAUUGUUGUAAGAAAUUAAAUUUGGAUUUUUUCAGAGGGGUUGAGCCAUUCCGAAGCAUGUGUCUAUAGGCUUGAUUUCUGUUUUGUUAGACAACAGGAUAUCUUGCUCAUUGUUGUCUCUUGAGUCUUUCUCUUUCCUCCAGAUUUUCUAGAUAUUUUACUUUGUGGCAUUUUCUGAGCUUGACUCAUUAUAAAUUAAAUAUGUAUAUAUUUUCUUUUUCUGCUCAGAGUCCCUAUUCUCAACUUUUCCAAUGGGAAAGCAAAUUAAUAGGAGAUGUCACUUUAUUGACAGAGGCCAAGGGUAACUAAAAAUCAUGCUUAGAAGAAGCACAUCUGGGUAUUUCCCUGUGAAUGGAUUUGUAAUUACACAUGGUGUUUCAUAGACCUGCACAUGGCCAUUUUCAGACACAGACUUUCACCUUUAGGGAUCUUUAAGAGCUCACGUUUCGGUGCUUACUGUGUAUCUAGUGCUGUCUAAAGCCUCUUGGAAAUGUUACCUCGUCUAGUCCUCACCAAUACCUGCUGAUGUAGGUACCAGUUAUUGCCUUCUUUGUACAGAUGAGAAAAAUGAACCCAUAGAGGUUAAAGAGAGUGUCAGAGCUCAUAUGCUUUUAAGCCCAGCUGGGAUAUUAACCCAGACCAUCAGGCUUUGGAGUCCAUGUGUUUAACCAAUGGGCUAUACUACCUCUCACUGAUGUUCAGAAUGCAGUAAUUGUGGUCCUUGUACUUAAAUAGAUGAUAAUGACUCUAGGGACAAGGACACUGGUCAUUUCAGAUAUGUGUUUAGGUGGAAUGAAUGGGAGUUAAGCCUUUUCCAAGUUGCUUUGGGGGAGGGGGAUCCCUCAUCAUGUGGGUGGGAAUAAUUCUUAGUCAUGGUCAUUAACAUUGGCAAGAGAUAGAGCCAGAACUGAAGAGGCAUAAGGUGGAGAUGUCUGUGCCAUAUCUGUGGAAGAGCCCGGACCCUGGGAAUCACAUGCACAUGACAUCCUUGGAAUCUAGCUGGAUGGUCUGGAAAAUCUCAGUGGCUGGUUCCAGGCUGAGACCCAAAUUGAAGACGGAGUUAUUUUUACCCACAUUUCAGGGGAAGCUCUUAGAUGAUGGAGAGCAUGAAGGCUGAAAACAACUACAUGAGGGGGGUCAUGGAUAGACUAUAUACUUUUGCCAGAUUCCUUUUGAGAAUUCCAGGUUAUUCGAAAUAAGGAAUAAGAGUAGAGACAAGGACAUUUAUCUAUCUAUCUACCUUAGUGCAUUCCUUCAAAAUGUCUUAAGGCAACAACUAUCAUAGAAAGAGAUAGAUCCGUAUUUCUUGUGGUGGGGAGCAAUGGGGUACUCUAUAGUCUAUCCCCAUGUUUCAAUACAAAUACAUUAUUUAAUGAUAGGAUAAAUGGAAUUUGUUCUCCAAAGAUAAUUCUGCAUUGUGAUGUUUGUACCAUAGAAUCAGUCAUCUAUAGAGGGUUUUUGUUUUAUUUUUCUGUUGGGUACAUGUAUUUUACAAAUUCCAAUACUGUCUUUGAAAAGACCUAAAGUUACAUUAUGGCAAAAGUAAGUGUUUUUUUUUUUUAUGACAAAAAAGCAUUUACUUGACAGACGGCAUCAUCAGAAGAUUAUUUUAAAUAGCAAAGUUCUCCUAAUGCUGUAAAAAAGGAUUGCAUUUUUUUUUUCUUCAAUUUUCUACGAGUCUUUCAGGCACACACCUAUUGCUUCAAGAGAGGCAAGUCUGUGGGGCAUUGAUGGAUUCCUUAUUUUAUUAAAUUUUUACUUGGACGUUUGAUGUUAAAAAGUAAUCUAAAUCUACCAUAUAUCAAUGGGUAUCUUCAUAAAGCUAUGGUUUUAACAUCUGUGACUUUUUUCCUCAAUUUUUUGAGUGUCAGAAAAUGAAGAAUUUCUUCUUCAGAGUCGACAGGGCCUGUAAUAUGAGACAUAAUUUAAAGCAUCAAUCAACCUCUCCUUCUCCAAUAAGGUUAAAAAUACAGUUCCCCACUUUCUCAGUGAAAUUCCAUAUUUAGCAUACAUGGGAUUCUUAGCUUUGAGAGAUCCUGGAAUGUUGAGAAAGGUGAAAUGACUUCUCAUCGAACUUACAAACAACAGCAACAGUAACGGAAUGGACCCUUCCAACCCACAUGCUACACGGGUGAAUAAACACACACACACACACACACACACACACACACACACACACAGGAGACUAAGAAGCAAAGGUAUCUGGGAGAUACAAAGUUUCUCCGUGAAACAUUUUAUGGAAACAGUUUAAUUAGCCCUUUUAUGAGAUCUUGAGGAUUACUUCUGUCCAGGAUCCAUUGUGUGGUCUAAAGAAUAUUCAGGUUGAAUGUACUUUGCUACAAAUGACAGCGAUAAUGGGAAUUUUGUUUUUACAUCAGACUUUUAAAAUAGUGCUGGUCCAUGUCUUCUCGAUGCUUUUGAUAUUUAUGUAUUAACUGUGUCUAAAAGAUUUACUUCUUCUCUAAGUUCUAUCAUCAAUUUAUUCACAACUUGAUGCACCUGCAUUUGAUUAAGCAUUUGGUGGCCGUGUUUCCAUCUCCACCAGAAGUCAGUUGUAUGUGCAGAACAGACCUCACUGCCUGUUCAGUAGGUGUUUGCGCGGUUGGAGCUCAAGAUUAACAGUAUUUCUCUAAAGCUGAAAAAAAAAAAUCCAGUUCCAAUAACCACUUUGUCUGGAGGAGAAGAUAUUUUUUGACAUUUUAAAUGCAUCCAUAUAUACCUGUGUACAAAAUGUAUAAAUAUAUCGUGUAAAAUGCUUAAAAUAUUUGACAAUUUAUUGUUUUAUUUAACAUUUAUAAGAUGAUUUCCCAAGCCUUCCUUUCACAGAGGACUACAUAAUAUACCUUCAAAAAUAUUUUAAAGGGUGUUUUUCAGCAUUUUUUUCUCAGAACAAUCCAUCAUCACACAUUGUGAUUAUAAUUUUUUACAACAUAAUUGCACCUUCUAUUGACAACUUCUCAGGCAUUAACUAAUUAUGCCAUUUAAUAAAAUUACAGUAAUUGCAUUAAAAGAUUAUCUGUUGAAAAUUUAAAAGGACACUCUUAACUACUCUAGCAUAUUUUCAUGUUUAUAUUUUCAACUUUGUAAUUGAAUUGCACUCUCAGACAGAAUCAUAGCUAGGGUAACUGAAAUCAUUUGGUAUUUUGGAGCAUCCCAAUUUGACUAGUAAGCAUGAGAUAUAUAUAUUUUUUUAAUUCCUAGAAGAACAUACAUUGCCGGUCUUCACAUGGCCCCAUUAGAUAACAAGCGAAUGGUUAACUCUCACUUUUGUAUGACAGGUGCCAGCUCUGUAUGGGAAUGCUUUUGUCUCUACCUACUGCCUCCUCUAAGCUUUCUUGAGGGAUACACACACACACACACACACACACACACACACACACACGUUUUCUGCCUUCUGUGAGUUUUCUGGUUGGGAGCCAUCGUCCUUUGCAGAUUCUCAGUGAAUUCAGUCUAGUUCUCUACUGUCCAGAAAUAUCCUACUGUUAAUUUGAACUUGGUCCUGACUGUAGGGUCUUAAUCUUAGAGAAAGAAGAGAUCAGGAGGUCAUGUCACUCCUUGACCUAGCUAGUGCCCUCUUUAGGCUUGCCCCAUUCAUUCGCUCCCUCGCUUUCUACAACCAUUGUCCAGCAUCUCAAGCACUAUUAGAUACUGAGAUACAAAGAUGAAACUGUCAUGCUAAGUCCUCCCCAGUCCCUUAUCUGCCUCCCUUCUCCCCCCAUCUCCCUUCAUUCCUCUCUCCCUUCCUCCUCCUCAUCCAUCUACCCCUCCUCCCAGCUUCUCCCCGGCCUCCCUCCCCUUUUCUCUUGCCACCUCCCCUCCCUGCCUCCCUGCCACUCUCCACUGCCCUCCUCUUAAAGUUGAAACCAAAGCGGUGCCAUUUAAUGAUGGACACACCCCAUAAGAAAAAUGAAAUGUGUCCUUUGGAGAUGAACUUUGAUAAUAUGCAAGGGAAUAUUUUAAAAAUAGGAAAUGGAGGGGAGCACCUGGGUGUCUCAGUGGGUUAAGCCUCUGCCUUCGGCUCAGGUCAUGAUCUCAGGGUUCUGGGAUCGAGUCCCGCAUCGGGCUCUCUGCUUGGCAGGGAGCCUGCUUCCUCCUCUCUCUCUCUCUCUUUCUCUCUCUCUCUGCUUGCCUCUCUGCCUACUUGUGAUCUCUCUCUGUCAAAUAAAUAAAAUCUUAAAAAAAAAAAAGGAAAUGGGUUACAAGAGUGGGUAGGGAUUAUUAUCUGGUAUCACUAUUGGUAGGUGUGGUGGUAUUCUCCUAACUCAGAGGCUUCAUGAGAGCAGGUGCACACGUACGUGCACAUAGCUGCUGAUUCAUCACGGAGGAUGUUAGGUAAGGACUUGGGGAAGACCUGUUCCAGGAUAGGACAGAAAUGCAGAUCAUUGUAUUAUACACAAUACUCUAUGGUGUUCACGCAUCAACUCUUUCUAGGGCUCAUUCAUGGGCAUAGAAUCACCAAAUGCCAAGCACAUGGCUCUGUCUUUAAAGCUCUGAACAUUCCUCAUGUUUGAUCUAAUAAAUUAAUUCUUCACAUCAAAAAUGGAGGAAUUUUAUUUCUAUGACCUAAUAAUUCAGGUUAAUGUGAAAACACUAAGGGUUUAUUCAGUGUAUUGUAGCCAUAUGUUGGAAGGAUUGUGAGCUACACAAUGACAAAGGCCCCAUUUUCUACUUCUGCGUAUGUCCUUAAUGGCUUACGUGUUGUGUACACAGUAGGAUUCUGAUCAACGCUUCUUGGGAGAGAGUUAGAACCAGUACAAACCAUCUAUGAUCAGACACUGCUUUCUUUUUAUUCUAAUUCCUCCUCUGACCGUGACAGCCUGGGACCCCAUCAGAGGGUAAAAUCCAAAGACAGUCUAACAGCUGCAUCAUAACCUUGUGUAGUAUGCAUUUUUCUAGCUUUCUCUUGAUGUUGCCCAUCCAAGGGGGUGGUGCUGAUCUAAAGCAAAAGGGCCAAAAGGCAGCCAGCAGUUGGAGAACCAGGGGGAAAGGGGGAAGGAGCUGGCAAAUCUCUAACCCAGAUCAGCAUCCCCCAAAGGAGCAGGAUUUUAUUUUAAAUUCUCAUAGAGUUGAGUGCUUUUUUCCCCUCUUUCUCCAUCUGUUUCUGUAUGUGACACCUGGAUGUGCAAACAUUUUGUAUGAUGCAAAAAUGAAAAAAAAAAAUCUAGAAAUAAAAGAGAAGGAGAGGGAGAAAAAUCACCAAUGUGUGUGUGAAAAGUUAUAACUGGUUCCCCGCUUUGGUUUGGACCUGUUGAAGAGCCAUGUUCAGCACUUGUACUUCUGGCUAAUUUGAUGCUGCUUUUUUUUUUUUUUUUUAAAAUUUUAUUUUUUUUUUUAUUUGUGGUCCAAGCUUUGUCAUUUAUUUCUAAGCUGUCAUUUUUAUUAGUCUCUCUGGCUGAUCUUUGGGGCUCCCCAUCAGGGCACGUGCUCUCCGUUGUCUGGCUGGGCUUGGCAAGUGGAUGGCCCUUUUAUUGCCAUGUGCGAUGCGGGCAUGCUUGCCUUAGCCUGUAGCCUGUAAUUAGACCCACUACAGGCGACAGUUACAGGAGAGCCUGGUAAUCAUUCCAGCUCCCUGAUCCUAUGUUUAUGGAGAGAAACCUUCUUUGUGGUCUGGUGACGGUUUACUAUGCUGUAUUGUACUUUUUGCCGUUUGAUUUAUGACUUCAGAAGGUGUGUUUUGCUGCCUUUCCUCCUCUCUCAGUGUUGUGUCAUUGGCUUUUUAAAUAACAGCUAAUUUCGGGGUGUGGGGGAGACAUUCAGUGGCCUGAUAUUCCAGCUCUCACUUUGAUUGAAAAGAUGCAAAGACAGUUAAUAUCCAAUUCAAUAGGUCCUCCCCUAAGCCGUGUUUCUGUACAAUGUUUGCUGACUUUUAAUCUCACUGGGAUUUUCUUGUAGUCCAAAUUCAUAUGUACCCUGUGUGUGUGUGUGUGUGUGUGUGUACAUUCAUGUAUGUAUGUAUGUAUAUGUAUAUAUGUGUAUAUAUAUAGCCCAGAUCCAUAUAUAUAUUAUAUAUAAAUAAUAUAUACACAUUUAUAUUUAUUUCCUGAAUUCGUAUAUGUGUAUGUUUCUUUAAAAUGACUUUUCUAUUUCUGAGCAAAGUUUUAAAAAUUUUUGUUUCAAGUUUUUGCCAAAGAUACUUCAUUUUGUCAAGAAAAAAAAAAAAGAAGAAAGAAAGAAAUGCCCUUCUCAGCUUACUAGGUGUUGAAAAUGAGACCCUCAUGGCUACUGUUUUAAGUCUGGAGAAACACGGAACUAUAGAAUGUUAAAUUAGAGGCCCUUCACAUUCAGUAAAAUGAUUUUUUCCAAGGCCUCGUGGCUCAUUAGAACAGAGGAUGCUGCUCAACCCCUAUACACUUGUCUAUUAUGUGAUGUUUGUGGUCAUGAACCUUACAAUUAAGGUUUUAGUUCAUGAGUGUGAACUAUGUCUGCAUGGUAGCUGUGAAUUAUGUUCUUGAAAUAAAAGAACAUUUUUUCCUUAA